UGGUGAAACUGCAGUCCCUGGCCUAGUUGUCUUGCUCCGGCUACCGGGGUCGCGGCGUCUGUCUGGAGGUGAGCACUUAAACCUGCGCGAGCCUUCCUUUUCCUCUUGCCGCUCUGGACGCGUGGCGGGAUUUGACGCUAGGUCCUCAUUGGGGGACGGCGUAUAGGUAACGUGUAACAAUGGCUGCUAUUUAUUCUGGCAUUUCCUUUAAACUUAAAAGCAAGAAAACUUCCUGGGAAGAUAAACUUAAACUGGCUCACUUUGCUUGGAUUUCUCACCAGUGUUUUCUUCCAAAUAAAGAACAAGUAUUACUUGAUUGGGCAAGACAGUCAUUGGUUGCAUUUUAUAAGAAAAAACUUGAACUGAAGGAAGACAUUGUUGAAAAACUUUGGAUUUAUAUAGAUAACAUUCUCCAUAGCAGAAAACUGCAGAAUCUCCUCAAGAGUGGAAAGACAAUUGACCUUCAGAUUUCCUUAGCCAAGAUCAUUAAUGAGAGAAUAACUGAGUUCUCCCUUUCGGAAUCCCAAAGAAACAUCUGUGCUGUGCUGAGCUGCUGUCAGGGCAUCCUCUCUACACCUGCUCUUGCUGUCAUCUACACAGCCAAACAGGAACUGAUUGUAGCUUUACUCAGCCAGCUGUGCAAGUUGGCCUGCUUGCAACAAGAAGGAGCUAUAGUACCCCAGUUAUUUGAGGUUGUUUACUUGGCCCUUGGUCAUUAUCUUGUGAUUCAGAAGCAGCAAGUCAACCCCAGACGCACCUUUGGAGAGGUAACUGGGCACCUUCUCCAGCCAUGCCUUGUCCUCAGGCACUUACUUUUAGGGGGCACAUGGAUACAGGCUAGUCAGGGUCAGCUGCGGCAGGUACUGAGCAGGGACAUUAGGAAUCAGAUUGAAGCCAUGCUUCGAGGUGCAGUUUUUCAGCCCGAGCUGCUGUCAUCAUAUAAAGAAGAACUUUUGGACCAACAGCAAGGUGACAUAAAGAUGGGGGCCAUGAAGAAUCUUUUAACUCCACUGGGUACUCUGAUUGCCAAACUAGGUGAUUCUGGCUACUGUGAACCCUCUCUUCAUGCUACUGUUGUAGCCCAUUCCGUGGCCUUACUAUUUAAACUUUUUCUAGACUCUUAUUCUAAGGAAGGGAACCAGUUUCUUUGCUUCCAGGUACUCCCUAGGUUGUUUGGCUGCUUGAGGAUUUCAUAUCUGCAGGAAGAGCAAAUAAAAGCUCUGACUGCAUCAGAUUGGACCACAGAACUCUUGGUUGUAGAACAGCUGUUGACCUCAGUGGCUAAUAACAAUAUUUACAACAUUGCAGCGGAUAAAAUCCGGCAUGGAGAAGCUCAGUUCCACUUUUACCGCCUUUUGGCUGAACUCUUGAUAAACCAUUCACAAGCAUCCUUACCAGCCUGGUUCCGCUGCCUCAAGAUUUUAAUGUCCUUGAAUCACUUGAUUUUGGAGCCAGAUCUGGAUGAUAUGUUGUCCUCAGCUUGGAUUGAUGCAGAAGUAAUGGAGUAUCGAACCAAAAAAGCCCAGGAGGUGCUUAUUCAUACUCUCUUCCAGACCUAUGCCAAACUACGGCAAGUGCCCCGUUUGUUUGAGGAGGUUUUGGGAGUGAUCUGUUGUCCAGCUGCUGAGACACUGAGACAGCCCAUGCUGACCUCAGGACCCUCUACAGUGCUCUGUGAAUGCCUCCUGGAGUUGCCUCUGAGUCAGAUCUUGGACACAUGGUCCCUAUUUUUGGACAAAUUCCAGUCUUUGAUCUUGCCUUGUUUGCAGGGUGAUGUAGACAUAGCUUUGAAGUCACUGUCCCUGAGUUCACUGCUGAACUGUGUUAUGUUCAAUAUGAGGAGCCCGGACAGCAAUACACCUCUUCCCAUCAUCAGACGCAUGCAGUGCACAAUGGAGAGGAUGUUUCGAGAGCUUGUGAAACCCCUGCUACACCUUCUCCUGGUCCCCCAGGGUUCAGAAACAGAGCUUUGGCUACAGAAGGUCAGCGACUCUGCACUCCUACUUGCUUACACCUGGGCCCAGGUUGACGCCAUGCUCAGUUUAAACUGUAGUCAGUAUCACUCUAUGUUUGGGACCCUAACAAGUGAUGAUCUGAAGAGCCCUAGCCUUCCUUUGUUGCUGCCACAUUUCGACAGACACCUUUGGAAGAAGAUAGAAAAGUUGACAGCUCAGUUUAACUCCCUUGGCAGGUAUUGCUUGGAACAACUCUACCUGCAGAGAAUGAAAAGAACUUUAUUGCAAGUUAGUUUUCAGUCUGAAAAAGCCGUCCAUACUUUGAGAUAUGAUGCUGCCUAUAUUAUUGCUUCUGGUAGAAAGAGCUUGAGUGAGAGGAAAACAGCUUCCUGGGAUGGCCAGAUAGGGACAGUGAGUAUGCUCACAUACCCUGUAGCACACUGGCACUUGAUUGUGUCCAAUCUCACAAUUUUGGUAUCCUAUCUUUGUCCAGAUGAUGUGAGAUACUUGGCAGAUGUCCUGCUAAGCACAUUACCCAUAGGGCAGGCGCAGGGAGGUUCUGUAGAUGAAGAGCCACACAUUACACUUGAAAAAAUAUCCCAGGUCAUCCUUCAUAGCCCUUUCUUUCCAGAAAUGCAAUCCUUUCAUUCUGCUUUCUUAAUGUGCCUGUCAGCAAGAUGUGCAGAUAUUCUGUGUUCUGGUGUCCAGAAUGACCCAUGUUUUCUCAAAAAGCGGCUGUCCUGGCUUUUUGAAAAGGACCACAUGGAUGUGGCUCAUUGGGAAAAGAGAUUUUCCAAAGAUGGAGUUAAAGGUAUUGAACCAAAAGGAGAAAUUGCCCAAAACUUAUUAUCCUUGGUGAAAGUUGACUGCUCCAUCCAGCUGGAGGAAGAUGAAUUACAAAGCAUCCUAGGGCUUCUGAAAGUUGUUUCUACUCUACAACUGGACAGCCUCAUGAGUCCCUAUCAUGUGCAUUAUUUUCUUCUGUUACUGUCCUUGGCCAUAACUGACUUGGGGAACUCUUGCUCCUUCUCAUUGAUGCUCAAAUUUUUGAAGACUUGUUACCAUCUUCUAGGUUACCUUCAAAGGGGAAAAUGUGCCCGGUCAGUGCUUAAGAUCCUGUAUGCUAGUGAUAUUUUUGAGAUCAUACUUACCUCAUUAUUCAAAGUCAGUAAUCGAUUUAUCAUUGAUAUAAAUGAUCCCUCUUCAUUGGAAUUCCUCCAGAUGAUUGAGAUAUUCUUAGAACAGCUAAUGCAGAUGCUUAUCCAGAUAAAGAUGAGUUUGGUGCUCAAUUUUGGGAAAAUCCUUGCAUUCUUAUCACAGUGCAAAUUGUACACUGAAGCAACUACAGGCAAACAGCUGGAAAAUCACAAUCCUCUGGGCAGGCAGCUCCUUCUGAUGUCUUUAACCAAGUUGUGUCAAGUUCUGGGACCUUUUGUCAGAGAGCAGAAAGAGCAUGAGGCAACAGAAGCACUAUCAGAGCUGUUGGAGCAGGCCAUUCUCCAGACAGCAACCUUGCUCCAGCUCUAUUCAACACAUAGGGGGCAGUGUCUUUCUUCCCACUUAGUCUCCGUCAUCACACUCUUGGAAUCGGAUGUGGGCCAGCACUCCAAGCACAGAGGGAUAGAAAUUCCCCCAACAACUGACAAAAUGCUGUUAUCACAUACUGCUUUGUACCAAUGUGUUUACUCCCAAAUACUAUCAGAGUUGCCAGCUUUUGUAGGAAACACGCCAUCUUUUCAGGCAGCGGUGCGGUUUUUAACUCUCUUCUUUUUGGCUCCAGAACUACAUUCCCAGAAGGAUUGUGUUUUUACCUCCAUAUUUAAUGCUGUGAGAAAAGUUCUUACAGAUCCUGCAAUUCCAGUUCAGGUAAUUCAGGAUAUUGAGCCUCAUUUGGGUGCCUUGUUCAACCAAAUGUUAGAAGUUGGGACAAUAAAGGACUUUAGGAUGGUGAUGCAGUGUAUUCUACAAGGAUUAGACAUCAGCAACAUAUGGAAAGCAGAUCUACAGGCCAUUUUGUCUGCUAUUACUUUGAUCAAGUUGAUACUGAACUGCCCAGUCAGUGGAGAGAAGGCAAGUUUGUUUUGGCGUGCAUGCCCCCAGAUCAUCACAGCUCUAACUCUUCAAAACCGAGAGGCUUGUCAGGAGCAGCCUGUGUCCCUCAUAGUGGUGAUGCCCAUUUUGGAUGUCCUGGCCACAUUACUGCGACAGGGUGAAGAGACCAUCAGCAACCCACAUCAUGUCAGCCUUGCUUUCAGUAUUUUGCUGACAGUACCUUUGGACCACCUGAAACCUCUUGAGUAUGGGAGUAUCUUUCUGAAAGUACACAAUGUGCUCUUCUCAAUUCUGCAGUGUCACCAGAAGGUAAUGCUAAAAGCCAUCCCUUCUUUCUUGAACUGUUUUAAUCGAUUGGUGUUUUCAGUCAUUCAUGAAGGAAGACAGAAAGACAAAGGAAGCACUGAUGACCUGCCAGAGAUCCUAGAGUGUGCCCGCCUCGUGGAGAGGAUGUACAGCCACAUUGCAACACGGGCUGAAGAGUUCACAGUAUUCUCCCCCUUCAUGGUGGCCCAGUAUGUGACAGAGGUGCAGAAGGUCACCUUAUAUCCAGCAGUGAAAGGUCUUCUACAGGAGGGCAUCUACCUCAUCCUGGAUCUCUGUAUCGAGCGUGAUAUCCAGUUCCUACGGGUUUCACUGCAGCCAGGAGUGAGAGACAUCUUUAAGGAACUGUAUAAUGAUUAUACAAAGUACCACAAAGCGAAACAUGAAGGAGAAAGAAGAUACACUGCCUGAUGUUGUGUUACAAAAGUGUUGCCAAUAUUGUAGAGUGACUCUGGUCCUAUACCAGUUAGAGUAUAAAGGGUAUAAAGUAUAAAGGUAUUCUAAUACACAUUUUUGGAAUAUGUGGAAAACCCUUUUUUGGUUUGUAUAAUAUAUACUGUAUUUUACAGUCAUGUUUUUCCACAUUGAAUAUUUUUUAAAUAUAUUCUUUUAUGUAGUAAAUAUAAUAAUGAAAUACUGAAUUAGAGGUGAUGUCAAUAAAACAAAUUGCUAAAGCACUCUUCUGACCAUCCCAAAUGUGGUUCUUACCUUGAUCCUGUGUUUUGGUGUACCUCUCUUAACUGGAAACUGUGGAGAACUUUGUCUUUCAAUUUCAGGUGCAUGACUAUAUAAGUCCUAUUUACAUAUCUUUGCCUUUUAUAUUUUUAAAGUAACAUGGUAAGUGUUCUUUACCUUUUAAGUCAAGAAAGGGUCUUGUUUUUCCUUAUUACUUACACAGUAUCUUUCACUGUAGCAAUCUCAGGAAAUAAAAAUAAAAGUGAAAAAUAUUUCA